AAUAUAAAGAAGAAGGCUAAGAUCAAAGUCAAGGAUGUUUGCAACUUACCUAGGGGAGACCGUGUAAUUGUAGAAGUUGACGAAGAGGGUGCAGCAUAUGGUGAAGCACAAGGUUUACUUGCUGGGUAUUGUGGUAUAUUAGCAACUAAUGCACGUAUCUUUUCAAUUAGCUUUGAAAAGUAGUCAGGACAAGAAAAUGGUGGCAUGCCUAAGUCUUUCAAAGAUGAGUGCUUUGAUACAAUGAUAAAGCCCUACUUCCAUUUUACAAGCACAGAAAAGAUUGCCUACAGGUAUUGCAUUCAAAGUAUUGCAAAGAAGUGGGCAACAUAUAGGCAAAGAUUGUGGAAUGAGUUCUAUGAUCCAACCAUGAGAAGAGAAGCAUUGGUGAAUAAUGUGCCUGAUGAUGUUCCAAGAGAUCAAUGGGCUUGCUUUGUCAAUUAUCGACUAAAACCGUCUACAGUUGAGCUUUGCAUGAAAAAUAAGGAAAAUCGAAGCAAGCAAACCAUUUCUCACACUUGUGGAUCUAAAUCCAACUCUCGGAGGCGACAUGAGAUGUACUUAGAAACGGGAAAGAAGCCUAGUAGAGGAAUGAUGUACAUUGAAACACAUAAGAGAAAGGAUGGGUCUUUUGUAAAUAACGAGGCAUUAACUAUAGUGAUUGAGCUGAAUAUGACACAGUCAAAUACACAAUUUGAGGUGUCCCCUAAUGAUGCUUUUGGUAAAGUUUUGGGGCAUGAACACUCUGGGAGAGUUCGUUGCAUGGGCAUGGGAGCAGCGCCUACAAAUACCUUUAGGAAUGUGAGAAGUCGGCUUAAUGGGGUGACCAUCUCCACUAAUUCAGCUGGAUCUUCUUCGCCUACUACUGCUGCAAUUUUACAGGAAAAGAUCAAUAAUUUGGAGUCCGACUUACAUAAUUCACAACAAAAGGUCAUUAGUCUAGAGUCUAAGUUGCAACAAUCAUUUGAUAUGAUGAAAGCAUAUCUAAUGAUGAAGGAAGGAGGAAUUCCCGAAGCACUUGUUGGCUUCUUUUCUGCCCGCGAGGCUAAUGAUGUUGAAAGCGAGCCUACUACUCCCUUUGAUGCUAGGAGAUCAGUUGGUGAUAGCAACGGACAUCUGAAGACAAAUAUUUGAGAUUUUUAUGUAAUUAGAUGAUAUUAAAAUAUUGAAUGUUUUUACUUUU